CGAUAAGUCAGAUGCUAUCAGUGAUAUCGGAUGAUAACGGCCAGUGCGCACCCAGCCAUCAACGGCAGCGCUGCUCAACGAUGUGUUCUCUGAAAACUUAAAACAUGGAUGUCGAGACCCAGGUAAUAGUGAUAGCGAGCGUGUUCGGUGGCGGCUUCCUGGUGCUGUUCAUCAUGGCUGUGGUCCUCUGCUCUCAGGUCACCAGCCUCCGGAAGAAGGUCGCUGAGAUGCAAGCCAGUGGACGCAUGAGGAUACAGAAGCUGAAGAUGGACAACGACAAGAACCACGCCUUUCACAACCCUGCGCUCUCUCCUGAUGAGGAGCUGUCCCGGCGCGGCUACUCCAUGUACACCAGCCAGGACGACGUGGAGAGUGGCCGACAUGAGCGGCAGACGGGUGGGCAGUUCGUAGACAGACAUACUCCUAGUAUGUACGAUGAGAGACAUAAUACAGCACAACACACGAAUUUUGUCGACGAACUCACACGGGAGCUGGACAACAGGCAACAGCGGCCGAAUAAUCCACCGCCGUUCCUGCUGCAGAGCAUCGAAGAAAGUAAAAAGAAGACCAGGAGCCUUGCCAAUCCAGUAGCCAACGGCAGGCAGAGUGAAACUAACCCUAAUUUCAUGUACUAACUUCUACUCCUAACACUACAUCGUGAUGAUGCUCAGGUUUGGAUGAGGAACGGUAAAGAGCCGUUGCAGUACAACCAAUGUAUUGGCAACUUAAACUUCUAGAUACAAAUGAACAACAAAACUUGUAAUUCCUUGAUCGAAAUCUAAGAUGCAAAAGUACAUUGCACUGACAACGCUGUGAUAACUAAAAAUACUAAUUCAACUCUGAGUGUUAUCACUAAUACUGACCUUGUAUAAAAUCUAACUACUAUAAGCACCUUUACUCAAAGUGCAAGUGUUAAGGUUGUUGAUAAGGAUAACUUGGAGAAUGGGUUUACAUGUGAGUUGA